GCUUCCCCGGCGGGAUUCAAGACAUUCAAGCAUAAUAUAUCGAAGUGUCAAGUUUGGGUUCGUCAAAUAUAGGUUGACUUGGCAUAAGGCUUUGUUCCCCCUGGCUCCCUCCAAAAGAUGUGCUCUUUGGCUUUGUUCCCCCCUCCCCUUCCCAGCGGACAGACGACUCUGUGCGAGUCCAACAACGAGCUCCUGACGGGGACCAACGUGGAGGAUCGGCUGCAGCAGGAGUCAAGUCCUCCGAGUUUGUACUUCCCCCGAGAGUCCCUGAAGCCACACAGUCGUACUGAGAGCAGCAGCAGCAAGGCGGCCUUUCUGGACCACUCUGAGACAUUGUGGAUGAGGAGUGCAGCAGCUUGGCGGGAUGCUGGUUUUACAGGGCUACUGAAUGAAAUCACUAACUCCCAUGAAGAGGUGCAUAAAUGGUUGUCUGUGAGUUCUGGCUGCAUCCUGGCAUUGCUGCAGAGGAUCUCUUCCUUUCAUAGCUCCUUGUUUCCCCAUCUCACAUUGAGCAGCGAGGACAUGAUCGCAGAGUUUUCACAAGCGCUGAAUUGGUCGGACUGCGUGGUGCGAGCCUUUGCCUGGCAUCCUCAUACUGAUAAGUUUGCUGUUGCCCUUUUGGAUGACUCAAUUAAGAUCUACAAUCCCAAAAGUGCUACGACUCCCACCCUGAAGCACCGCCUCCAGAGGAACGUGGCAGCAGUGCAGUGGAAGCCGCUGUGUGCUUCUGGACUUGCCGUGGCGUGCCAGAACUGUUUACUGGUCUGGCAUAUGGACCCUUGCUCAUUGUCCACCAGGCCUUCUUCUGGAUGUGCGCAGGUUUUGGCUCAUUCCGGGCACUCACCAGUCACUUCCAUUGCUUGGUCACCGAACGGCUCUCUCCUCGUGUCAGCCUCGCCUAUGGACACAUCGAUGAUGGUAUGGGAUGUAGCAGCAGAGAGCUGUGUGCCCCUCCAGCGAAUCGGAGGCGGUGGGGUCAGCUUUCUGUCGUGGUCCACUGAUGGGAGCCAUCUUCUUGCCUCGACGCCUUCUGCUCUCUUCAGGGUCUGGGAGACCAGGAUGUGGACAUGUGAGCGUUGGCCGUGUGAGAAAGGUCGCUGCCAGUCUGGCUGCUGGAGUCCAGAUGGGAGUCGACUUCUCUUCACCGUACAGGGAGAAACGGUUAUCUACGCUCUCACAUUCACUGACACACCAGGUGUCCCCACAGGCACAUCAAAAGGGCCACAAGCAGCAUCAGUGGUGGCCGACCUAUCACAGACAACCUUUAACACACCUGAGGGAGAUGUCACUGUUGGUGGAGAGAUCCAGUCUUUGACAUGGGAUCCGAGAGGAGAAAGACUUGCUGUGCUUCUCAAAGGUGGUCCACAAGGAGAGCAACCUGCAAUAAUUCCUGUGUUUAAGACCAGAACGAAACCCAUCUUUGAACUUUUGCCAUGCGGUUUUGUUCAAGGGGAUCCUGGUGCACAACCAAGACUGGUGCAGUUCCACCCAAAUUUUCAGCAUGGAGCUCUGCUCACUGUGUGUUGGUCCACGGGAAGAAUCAGUCAUGUGCCUUUCUACUUCCUAAGUGGCAACAUCGGCCGAUUUGGGCUCAAUGGUAGCCCGUCUUUGCCACGACCUCAGGAACAUCAUACUGACCUAGCCAAUCAGUCGCUCUUUACCGAGCUCAUGUCAUGACCGUCAUUCACAUUGUCACAAAUAUUUUUCAUCAAUAAAUCAAUAAAAUGUA